ACCUCAACAGGAAGUGAGCUACCAGAGUGAAAGUGAGUGGAAACUAGUCAAAAUAAAGGCCAACGACACCGUCUCGAGUUUUUGUUUAUCAGGAUGGACGGGUUACAGACUCCUUUGCGGUGUUUUCGGGAGUGUCAUUCCGCUGAAAUGUUCGCGGACGACGGGUUGGGAACCGUUACCUCACGGGAGCAGAAAAAGGUGGAACGUAGCAUUGAAGAAGUCAUCAACGUUUACAAGCAAAUCCACAACAUACCACAGCCAACCUUGUUGCGGGAACAACACUACCAGUAUCUCAAGAAGGGCUUGCGGCAUCUGUCAGACUCUUACGAGUGUCUGGACGCAAGCAGACCUUGGCUUUGCUUCUGGAUUCUUCACAGUCUGGAGUUACUCGAUGAGCCUGUUCCUGCCGCUGUGGCCUCAGAUGUGUGUCAGUUCCUGGCUCGAUGUCAGAGUCCAACAGGGGGUUUCGCCGGCGGACCCUCACAGCACGCUCACUUAGCACCCACCUACGCCGCCGUCAACGCCCUCUGCAUCAUCGGCACAGAGGAAGCUUACAACGUCAUUGAUAGGGAGAAGUUGUUAGAUUUCCUCUGGUCAGUCAAGCAGCCAGAUGGCUCUUUUGUGAUGCACGUCGGAGGGGAGGUGGACGUCAGGAGUGUGUAUUGUGCAGCCUCCGUAGCAUCGCUAACCAACAUCAUCACACCCAAACUCUUCGAAGACACCACUAACUGGGUCCUGAGUUGUCAGAACUGGGAGGGCGGUCUCAGCGGGGUGCCGGGUCUGGAGGCUCACGGCGGAUAUACCUUCUGUGGCACCGCCGCUCUGGUCAUCCUGGGAAAAGAACACAUGCUGGAUCUCAAAGCCUUACUGAGGUGGGUUGUCAACAGACAGAUGCGUUUCGAAGGGGGAUUCCAGGGCCGCUGCAACAAACUGGUUGAUGGCUGCUACUCCUACUGGCAGGCCGGACUUUUGCCACUCCUCCAUCGGGCCUUCUUCAAAGAAGGGGAGUCGGAGCUGAGUCAACACAGGUGGAUGUUCGAGCAGGAAGCCUUGCAGGAGUACAUCCUCCUCUGCUGCCAGAACCCAACCGGGGGGCUACUAGAUAAGCCUGGCAAAUCCAGAGACUUUUACCACACGUGCUACUGCCUGAGCGGUCUUUCCAUAGCACAGCAUUUUGGGAACACGGACAGCCAUCACGAAACUGUCCUCGGCAAGGAGCAGAACAGAUUGGCUCCAACUCAUCCCGUUUACAACAUCUGCCCAGAGAAGGUGGCUCAGGCCUUGCAGUACUUUCAUCGGCUGCCCGUCCCGGUGGAAAACUCCUCGGCUGACCAUCAGUCCUAGUUUAUAGUUCCUCGGUGGUGAAGAAAGCCAAGACUGGAAGCAGCAAAAAAAUGUUUGUUUUUUUUUUGCUCGAUACCUUUAGUCACCAUCCUGAAAUGAAAAUGUUUCAUUAUGUUCGCAAGGUUCAUAAUAAAUCUUUGUAUUACACCAAA